AUGGCUGGACUGAACUCAAUUCAACGGCCUUAUGGCGCUCCUCUACCCAAGACGGACGUUCAGCUUGCAAGAGAGGCAUAUCAAUAUGUCAAUCGACAGAUCAAGAAAUAUCGGGAGCGCCGACAGUCGAAGGCUGAGGGACGGGCUCACCAAGACGCUGAAUCAGGCUCUAUCAUGAGCAGAGCUGAAACACUCGUCGUCGACGAGAGCGACGAUGAGAAGAAAGAUAAAGAGGCUGCGGAUACAAAAUCGGAAGCCAAGGCUGCGAAGAAAUGA